GGUUUGUUAUGGUGACCAGCCGAGGAUGGAUCCCUUGUUCUUAGCUCUAAGUAACUUUAAGCGUCGAAAUUUUGAAAAAUGUAUAGAAAUAUGUACGGAAAAAUUAAACAAAAAUCCAUACGAUCAGGCUAUGUGGAGUCUGAAGACGCGAGCACUAACGGAACAAGUGUGGGUGGACGACUGUGAUGGUGAAGAGGAAGGUUUGGCCGAUGUGUUGAUGGACGACAACACCAUCGCUUCUGUCGCUCGUCCCGGCACAUCCCUCCGAGCUGCUCCUCCUUCAUCAUCUGACGGUCCCUCACAAACCUUCAGACCUUCAACACAGUCGGGUCGGCCUCUGAGUGGUGUAGUUCGGCCAGGGUCACAGGGAGGUCGACCCGGCACAAUGGAUCAAGCUCUACGCACUCCUCGCACGGCUCAAACAGCUCGUCCUGUGUCAGCGACCUCUGGUCGUCAUGUGCGUCUUGGUACAGCUUCCAUGUUGUCAACGGCUGAUGGACCAUUUAUCAAUCUAGCUCGCUUGAAUGUUGCAAAGUAUGCAAGUCAACAAAGUAUUGCAAAAGCUCUCUUUGAGUACAUUUACUUUCAUGAAAAUAAUGUAAGACAGGCACUAGACUUGGCAGCCCAAGCCACUCAGUCACAGGAUUUCAAGGACUGGUGGUGGAAGGUCCAGCUGGGGCGAUGCUACUACAGACUUGGCUUGUUCAGAGACGCUGAGAAACAAUUUAAGUCAGCUCUGAAGCAGCAGGAUAAUAUCAACACUUAUCUGUUACUUGGCCGAGUUUAUAUUCGUUUAGAUCAGCCAAUGGCAGCUCUUGAGGUAUACAAAGGUGGACUUGACAAAUUCCAUGGAGAAGUUACUUUACUCACAGCAAUAUCAAGAAUUUACGAGGGGCUUCACGACCUGACCAAGGCGGUCAAGUUCUACAAGGAUGUGCUGCACUUCGAUGCGACACACGUGGAAGCGAUAGCCUGUAUUGGCACCCACCACUUCUACACAGACCAACCAGAGGUGGCUUUACGCUUUUACAGACGAUUACUUCAGAUGGGCAUCUACAACUGUGAGAUUUUCAACAACCUCGGCCUGUGUUGUUUCUACGCCCAGCAGUACGACAUGACGCUCACUUGUUUUGAGAGAGCGCUGAGCCUGGCCACAAACCAGAGUGUAGCUGAUGUGUGGUACAACUUGGGACACAUUGCUCUGGGUAUUGGUGACAUAAACUUGGCCUACCAGUGUUACCGCCUGGCUCUCGUUGCCGACAAUGACCACGGGGAGUCAUACAACAACCUGGGCGUGCUGGAGUACCGUCGGGGGAACCUGGACACGUCUCGGGCCUUCUUCAUGACUGCUGCCAGCUUGUCACCCCACAUGUUCCAGCCACAUUAUAAUCAUGCCAAACUCUCACACAAGGUUGGUGACCUACAGACCAGCUACAUCAUAGUCCAGAAGGCCUUGUCACUCUUCCCCGCACAUGUGGACUCUAAGGAACUCCUCAAAACUUUAGAAACACAUUUUCAAACUUUGUAAAUUAUAUACCGGUAGUACCUAGUCAUUGAGAGAAAAUAUAUUGUAUAAGUUCUCAUAUUUACACAAAGCAAUAUUUUACACAAAUAUAUGAUUCAGUGUGACACCUAUAUAUACAGUGUAUUGAAAUA